CUCAAGCAACAGCUUGCUAGAUCUCAGAUAAACGAUGGCACGUCCCUCACAAGGCUCACGCUACUUUCAGGAGAUUGCUUCACAGGCCCAAUCACGAAGGGCAAGUAUGAAUCAUGAACUGCUUGUCAAUAGAAACAGAUCUCAAUCACAACCUCCAAGGGAGCCCGAUCCAAAACCUAAAAUUGAUAAGGAGGAAGUGGAGCGAAUGAAGCAGAAGUACACUGUUCAAAAUAAGUCAUUGGCUCAACAAAACUCUGCCUUAUCUUUGAAACUAUCCGAUAUGGAGUCCAAAAUAAGUGAUUUAAUAAACGAAAACAUGACUUUGAGGAAACGGAAAUCUCUGCAAGACAAAGAUAUUAAAGCUCUAUUAGAGAAAAAGUUAAAAACUAUCGAAAGGAACUUCAUUUGUAAGUUCGACGACUUACUCCUGGUAUUCAAGGAUAUCAGAGCAAAGGAAGGGCUUUCCGAAAAUCCACAACUAGAUAUAUUAAACGAGUUUACCCGUCCUACCACCUCCACACCUAUGAAUGAUUCACAUAACGACUUAGAUUUUGGUAACCCAAUUGAUGUUGACGCACAUAAAGCCACCUUGUUCCUACCUUCUUUACAUAACGAAUUGAGCAAAUUAAGUCAAGAAAAACCCCAAGCUCCAAAACAAUCUCGCCCAAGAAGAAGUUUCAGUGAAAGUCCUGAUCUUGCCUUAUUUAGAAUUCCUUCAACUGUAGUUGAAACUGGUGAGAGUGGUACUGAUAACUCAGUUGAAACUACCAAUGAGAAAGUUGAUGAUGCAAUGAUUGCACUUGAUGAUAGCGAGACUCCAAAUGAGCUUCCAACGAAGGAAUUGAGUGAAGUCCUCAAUGAAAAUAUGCCUGACAAUACAAAUGGUGGUUUCAAAGUUUUCCGGGAUGACACACAGGAGAAUAGAAGAAACAACACCAAGAAUACUUCAAAAUCGAUACCCCAAAAACAGUCACUACUGUCGAAUUCACCAGCUCCAGAAGCAGAUAUAAAAAUAGAAGAUGAGCGAACAGGAAGAAGGUCGACAAGAACAAGAAGAAAUAUCAACUAUGCUGAACCACGUAGAGGUCUGAAGAUUCGUAGAGAAUCAGCGAAAAUGAUGGAUGCAGUGGGUGGAUAUCUUCCAUUAUUUAAGGAAAGAGAAGAGUCAGUUGCACCCGGUGGACCUGAGCCUACCACAAGCUCAAAGAAGAGGCGGAAGGUCAGUGGUGAAGAUCAAGAUUUAGCAUUGAAAAACCAACAAACCGGCAGUCAAUCUGAGAAAAGGAUGCCGUUAUCUAACGUCACCAAUUCUAGUAACAAGGUUGAAAAGAAACCCAUAUCAUCGAUUGGAGAUAAAGCUACAGAUGUUGUUGAUAUGGAUAAGGUGAUUACGGGAGAGUCAAAUCAAGUUGUUACAGAAUCUCAAAAAGAUUUAUCUAUAUUUGAUUUAAAUGAGCGAGACCAAGAUCGACCUAAACGUUUUUACAGAAGAAGGUCUACUAUGAUAAAGUGAAUUAAAC